AUGGUCCUCCCUGGCCCCCACACCCCACCGCUCUCCACGGAUCACCUUCCAUCAAUUGAACAGAGCGCAGGUACACAGCGAGCACCUCCCUUGAGAGCCACGAGCAACAUAUCCUUCGGAGAAGCGCGGCCCAGCACCAAGCCAGCGCAACACAGCCCCCACAACGCAAUACAGCCGCCACCGCCGGCAAGCCGGGACGACGUGUGUCCAUUUCUCGCACGUUUGCUCUCCCGAAAAUGGGGGGCUGGGCAUUCCUCCCACAAUAAUGCAGCGCACCACCUACAAACUGGGGUUCGCUUUCAAAAAAAUGUGGUAGAACAUGGUGCAGUGAAGUACUGA